ACGAAGUAAAAAAAAAAAAUCCAUGUGAGCAUCCUCUGUGUGUGUUGAUUCCAUAAGUUUUGCCAGGGGUAAUAUACAUAGUCUUCCCUCAUCUGUCCAUUACCCUAAGCUGACCUUUAUGUUCUUGAGACUUACUGAUGAUUUGUUUAUCCCUGAGGUUAUGCUGGUUUAUUGUUCUCUCUGUGGUAGUCUUUCACACAUCCGUGCCUACAUGAUCACUAGUCUAAUUUAACUUUUCAACACUUACAUGGCAUUCUUUAAAACAUUUUUUUCAAAAAAGUUCACCAUGUAAUUAUUUAUUACUAAGUUAAUCAGUGCAUUUUUUUAUUCUUAACAAUUCCCCCAAACUAACUGAAUUUGACAAGUUUUAAAAAACAUUUGAUCAGCCUUAUUAUGGCAAAUGUUACUGGUACUCCAGAUGUAAAUGGCACAUCUAAAAUCAAACUUUGUUUAGGGAUCUUGUGCAUUAACUAACAAUGUACUGAGACACAUUCGGCCAUUAAUUUGCUGAACUAAUAGGCUGCCACAUCAACGAUUAAAGAUUUUUCUUUGUUAAAUAACAACACACAUUUAAGUUGUUUAUUAUAAGACUUUUACCUUUAGAAACGAUUACAAUGAGCAUGUCAUUUAUGUUACAUAAACCACUGUCAGAACCCCAAAGUUAUAGAAAAUUAAUGCACACCUUCUGAUUUGAGAAUUCAACAGUGCUGUAGUAUAAUUAUUCAUGUUAUACUUUUAUCAGACUGUGUUCUAAGGGUCAUUAUUAGGUCACUGAGUUAACAUAAAGCAAAGUUUCCUAUCUUCUAUGAAACUGAAGAAGUCUUACAGCUGCCAUUCUGAUUCAAUGACCAAAUUUAAAACUCCAGAGGACAGUUAGCUAAUACUACGUUAAUACUGUGAGUGACACACAUACAAGAUACAUUUACUCCUUUUUCUCUGCUUACCGUCCUCCCUCCUCCCUCUAAUGUGGGAAGUGUUACGAAAGGGCGAGGGGAAGUGUGGGGUGAUGGCGUUUUAGUCUUUAACCCCCCUAGACAGGCCCCAGCACCAGCGUGCAGGAUUAUGUAAGGUGGCUGUAGUCCUAUUUCCUGGUUUGUGAGGCUGUAAUUCACACUGACUGCCGCAGAACACACACACACACACACACACACACACACACACACACACUCUCUCUUCAAAUGAGACGCUUUAGGGGAAGAUAAAGGAAGCAAGUGUAGGGACAAUUAUCAGGACAUACAAAUGUAGACAACUGUGACAGAGGCAGAAGUUGAACGUAAUCAGCAUCUACAGGAGAUUCAUUUAGAGGGCAGAAAGAACCAGAAAGAGGUAUUUAUCAGGAACUGGACAUCAUGCUGCUGCUGGAUGAGUCAGACUCUCUAACAGAUCAGAAUCAGAAUGUAGGCUACAGCUCUGAAAAUGAAUCUCAGGGCAAUGAUUCUUUGCGAUGGCACUGUGGCCUUCCCUCUUCCUCAGGUAAGACUUCAGCACGGAUGCCAACUUGCCCUCUGUCUCACCUGGAGGGCCGCAGUCCAAAUAUUGGCUUGGACAAUGCCAAGAAGAGAAUCUCAAAACCUGCUCACAUGCGGAGGAACAUCAGGAAGUUGUUGAAAGAGCACCACUUGGAUGUGGUAACUAAAGUUGCCCAACUUGAAGAGACAGAGAGACGGAAGCGCCUGGAUCAGAGGAACAAUUUUACUGUAGCUCCAGAGCUUGUGUACACACACACACUAGGGGAUCUGUGUGCAAGUCUGACUUACGGCUCCAAGGAAAGUGCAGUAUGUGUGCAAACAAGCAACAGCAGUAACGCAUCUGGCACUGAAGUGUCAGUUCUUCAAACAACUGCCCCUAUAAGAGAGGCUGUGUGUGUUUCUGUAGACCAAAGUUCAGUUGAGAAAACCACCUCAUGCUUCAUCAGCAAAUCGGCCAAUGAGGAUUCUGAGAGCAGCGGUGUGCAUCUUAACAAUGCUGUCAACCAACCAGAUGCUCAGGAGCGAGUCCUCAUCAAUGUCGGUCACCCAGAGGAUGACAGUGACAUCUACCUCUCCCCUCAACUUGCCCGUUUCGUCAAACCUCAUCAGAUUGGAGGAAUUCGGUUUCUGUACAAUAACUUGGUUGAGUCACAGAAGCGUUUUAAAAGCACCCCUGGUUUCGGCUGUAUCCUGGCUCACAGCAUGGGCCUGGGUAAAACUCUACAGGUCAUCUCUUUCAUCGACAUCCUGCUGCGCCACACCGGAGCUCACACCGUGCUCGCCAUCGUCCCUGUGAACACACUACAUAACUGGUUGGCGGAAUUUAAUCUCUGGGUCCCGCCUGCUGAAGCCCUGCCACCUGACAAUGACCCUGGCCACAUUAUGCCACGGAACUUUAAGGUUCACAUCCUUAAUGACGAGCACAAGACCACAAGCAGCCGUGCUAAGGUAGUCGAAGACUGGUACAGAGAUGGUGGUGUGCUGCUAAUGGGCUAUGAGAUGUACCGUCUACUCUCACUCAAGAAAAGCUUUGUCACUGGGCGAAAAAAGAAGAACACAAAGCCAUGUGAGCAGGGUAUAAUUGAUGUAGAUAAGGAGGACCACCAGCAGAAGCUAAUGAAAGGCAUCGAGAGGGCUCUUUCUCAGCCUGGUCCAGAUGUGGUGGUCUGUGAUGAGGGCCACCGCAUUAAGAACUGGCAUGCCAGCACCUCACAGGCUCUGAAGGGCAUUGGAACACGGCGGCGGCUAGUGCUGACUGGCUACCCCCUGCAAAACAACUUGUAUGAGUACUGGUGCAUGGUGGACUUUGUGCGUCCCGGCUUCCUGGGCACACGGCCUGAGUUCAGCAACAUGUUUGUGCGGCCCAUCCUGAAUGGUCAGUGUGUGGACAGCACACCUGAAGAUGUACAGCUCAUGCGCUACCGCAGCCAUGUGCUACACAAUCUGCUGGAAGGCUUUGUACAAAGAUGUGGACAUGAUGUGCUAUGCUCCCAGCUGCCACAGAAGCAGGAGCAUGUAAUUUUGGUGCGUCUGACGGCACUGCAGCGCGCACUCUAUGUUGAAUUCAUGAAUCGCUUUAGAGAGGCUGGAAAUACUGGCUGGCUUAGCCUUAACCCACUUAAAGCCUUCUGUGUCUGCUGCAAAAUCUGGAACCACCCUGACAUACUGUUUGAGGCACUUGAAAGGGAAAAUAUGGCCAGUGAGCAGGAUCUGGACCUGGAUGACAUCACUGCUAGCAAUGCUCAUUGCUCAGCCAAUCAGAGGGCGAAUCCCUGUGAAUCAAGCAGCAAUCAAGGAGAACUGACUCUAAGUCGGCUGCAGGAGAAAACCAGUCAGGUUAUUACAUAUGAAUGGGCAAAAGACAUCAUGGCAGGCUAUAAGAAAGGCAUCUUAGAAAAUUCAGCUAAGAUGGUGCUGUUUUUUCACAUUAUUGAGGAAAGCGUCAUGAGUGGAGACAAGGUCUUGGUUUUCAGUCAGAGUCUGUCCACGGUUACAGUCAUUGAAGAAUUUCUGGUCAAGAGAACGAUGCCUGACUAUAGUGGAAGUGGUGUGAAGCAGACCUGGGUCCGCAAUGUCAACUACUAUAGGCUGGAUGGAAGCACCUCAGUUUCAGAGCGAGAAAGGCUUAUAAACCAGUUUAAUGAUGUGACAAACAAUUCUGCUUGGCUUUUUCUGCUGUCCACCAGGGCUGGCUGUCUUGGUGUGAACUUGAUUGGUGCCAAUCGUGUGGUGGUGUUCGAUGCCUCUUGGAAUCCAUGCCAUGAUGCUCAAGCUGUGUGCCGUGUUUAUCGCUAUGGGCAGCGCAAGCCAUGCCACAUCUACAGACUUGUGUCUGACUUUACCUUGGAAAAGAAAAUCUAUGACCGGCAGAUCUCCAAACAGGGAAUGUCUGAUCGUGUGAUAGAUGAUUUGAAUCCUGUUCUGACAUUCACACGGCGGGAGGUGGAGUCUCUCUUGAACUUUGUGGAAGAGGAGCCUGAUCCAUUAGACUCUGCCUACCUACUCCACCCUCAGGAAGACAUGGAGACAGUCCUCAGGAAAGCCUGUAUGAGAUACCCUCACCUUAUCACCAAGCAACCCUUUCACCAUGAGUCCUUACUGAUGGACCGACAAGACCUCAAACUUACAAAGGAGGAGAAGCAAGCAGCUAAGAAGAGCUAUGAGAAUGAGAAGAGGGCAUCAGUGCCCUACACACGUCCAUCAUAUGCACACUACUACCCAGCUAGUGACCAAAGCCUUACCAACAUCCCUGCCUUCAGCCAGAGAAACUGGAGGCCUCCCUCACAGCUGGAGGAUAAACCAGCUGCCAGUAUUCACCUGGCACAGACAACCCUAACACCAACAAUGCACAAAAAGGAAGGCCAGAAGGAAAGUCAGGUUUCUGCCCCCUCUGUGAAAUUAAGCCCCAAAUCUGCUCUCAACUUUCCAGUCACCUACCUGCAGAAAGCAGGAGUCUUUGUACAGAAGACUGUCACUACUACAGAUAUUGUGAUUCCUGGUGCAAACAAUUUGUCAGAGACAAAGACCAAGAUAAGUGCAGGCGAAAGCAUCCACAUCAUCAGAGGAACUAAAGGAACCUACAUUCGGACAUCGGAUGGAAGAAUCUUUGCCAUCCGUGCUGUGAGAAAAACCAGACAAAGUGAAGAGAGUACAGACACAAAGAAAGACAUGCCACCCUCACUGGAGAACUCCAUAAGUAAGAGUACGAGUGGUAGUCUGUCCCCUGAUAACAUGCCAAAAGUCUUAACUCCCAAAGCCAUGACUCGACCUCUCUCCCCAGAUACACCAGAAAUCCUGAGUGAGCUUCAGCGUUACACCAAAGUGCCACCUCUGCCUCCCUCAGGAGUGGCCAAUCCAGAGACAGCCUCAGAAAAGGGAGUUAUGAUUCUGCCUCAAACCAAUACUGCCUCACCAGACAAUGAUGUGCCACUGGACCUAAGGGGCACAAAGCGCAAAUCCACAUCACCUUCUGCCAAUGAAUAUUCAUCCAAGCAGCAAACUCCAGAACAAAGAGGUUCUGUUCCACCUUCUGGACAGAAUUAUCCAUUCACAGGUACUUACGGCUUAAAUUCUCCCAUCAACCCUGGUGUAAACCAUGCCCUUCUGAGCUCACUCAAUGCUAUGUGGUCACCCUACUUCCAACCUCAUGUUCCUAUGGUUGAGCACCAACUCAUGUUCCAGAUCUCUCCAGAUACCUACAGCCUUAGAGAUAGGGCUUUGCCCAGCUCCUCCCCAACAUCCUCCAGCAUCACCUCUAGUACUACAGCAACUUCAUCCUCCUCUAUUUCAGUUUCUUCAUCAUGCUUGAUGAGGCAUGAAGUACCUGGGACGUUUGUGCCGACAUUUCUGUCACAAUAUGGGCAACCACUGAGUAUGUACCCAUCCAUGCUAAUGACCCAAGGGAUUCCAGGACAGGCAGGAUCUAGCUUCCUGCCUCAGUACGUGUCCUCUGGCCCACAAGGUGGUGCUAAUGAGUCUUGUCUUGUCACAGACAAUGGAACACCAAGAUCUGAGGAUAACAGUCAUAUUUGUGACAAUCAUGAUGAUGUAAUUGCAAUGAUGGACCAGUAAGAGAAGACCCAUGUUGCAGAAUGUGGAAAUUUUUGUUUGAUUAUGAGAACCAAGACUUUGAUUUUACAAGAUGGACUACAAAUGUGGACAAAUUGGGGAAAAAAUCCUUAUCCUUAAACAGAAAUUUGAAAAAGUAUUCAGAUAAGAGUUUGGGGAUAAUGAACUAUGGACUUUCGUCCAGCUACUGUACAUGUUGAGGUUAACCAAGACCUGUUUGGGAAUCCGAGAGGUUUCAUCUGUAGAAGUUUAGAUGUUAUUUAUCAAAUGAUGGUAUAAUUUCAUAAUUAACCUGACAAUAAGUUAGUAAGUGACACUCAAAUAAAUGUUCAAAUAUACAGUCAUGUGAAAAAAUAAAUAUACCUCAUUUGGCUUUUUUGACAUAUUUGGACAAGCAAACAUUUGAUCAUCUUUGAAACCGUGCCUAUUAAUAAAGUUUAUAUACAUGGAAAUUAGCUUUUUCAAUCUUUUCUUCAACAGAAAUGCAAUAGGUGUGAUAUUCUUCUGUGGAAAAAGUAAGUAUACCCUUGACCUCAGAAGCUAAUAUUUCCCACUUUAGCAGAAAUAACUUCUUGUAGGCAUUUUGCAUAAUUGUCCAGCAGUCUCUGACAUCAGCUUGAUGGAAUUUUUGACCACUCCUCCAUGCAGUAUUCUUUCAGUUGCAAGAUGUUUGAGGGUUUUUUUUGCAUGUACUGCCCAUUUCAAAUCCCCCUAUAACAUUUCAAUGUGAUUCAAAUCCAGGUUUUGACUAGGCCAUUCCAUAACCCUCCCAUUUCUUCUUUGUGAGUCAUUCCUUGGUGGAUUUGCUAGUGUGCUUAGGAUCAUUAUUCAAUUGAAAGUUCCACUUUCGGUUCAACUUCAACUUUCGGACAGAUGGCCUCACAUUAACUUCAAGCACUUUUUGAUAUGAUGCUGAAUUCAUAGUUUAAUCAAUCAAUGAAUGCAAGCUGUCCAGUCCCUGAGGCAGUGAAGCAACCCCAAACCAUAACAUUUCCACCACUGUGCUUCAAAGUUUGUAUGAGGUUCUUAUCCUUAAAAGCUGUCUUUGGUCUGUGCCAAACAUGUCUGCUGUUACUGUGCCCAAACAACUCUAUCUUUGCUUUGUCUGUCCCGAGCACAUUAUUCCAAAAGGCCUGGUCUUUGCCUAUAUGCUCAUUGGCAAACUGUAGUCUUGCUUUAAUGUUCUUUUUAGACAGCAAAGGCUUUUUCCUGGCACGCUUGCCAAGCAGGUCAAAUUUGUGCAAUCUCUUUCUGAUUGUAGAAGCAUGCACUUUGACACCAACAGUUGCAAGACUUACUAGCAGAUCCUGUGAUGACAUUUUUGAGUUCUUGAAGACUUUUUUUUGCAUCAGACAGUCUGCUUUUGGGUUGAAUUUGCUGGACCGGCCAGUCCUGGACAAAUUGACAGUCGUUUGAAAUCUAUUUGUAGAUUAUUUUCCUUACAGUGGAAUAAUGUAUUUCAAAUAAUUUGUAGAUCUUUUUAAAUUCCUUGCCAGACUCAUAGGCAUCCACAACCUUUUUUCUGAAGGCCUUACAGAACUCUUUAGAUCUUGGCAUGAUGACACCACACACCUCAAUAGCAAAGGGAACACCAGACACUAUAUAUGAGAGGGUAUAAAUAAGACAGAUUCCACCUGCACUCCCUAAGCAGGUUCUAAACACUGGCACCCAAUCUUGAACACCCGAUUCUAAUUUUAUGGAUUUGAAGGUGUGAUAAAUGUAGGGGUGUCGUUACUUUUUCCAUGUGACUGAUCUGGUUCGGUUUUUUUUUGUUAAUUUAAAAUGUGAAAAUGACUACAAAAUGUACAUUUUAGUUGUCAUUUGAUAGUGUAUCAAUGUUAUUAAUAGGCACUGUUUCAAAAAGGAUCAAAUGUUUGCUUGUCAAAAUAUUAAAGAAAGGAAAAAAGCCAACCAUACCCGUGUACUUAUUUUUUCACAUGACUGUAAGUGAUUUGUUUGACAUAUUAUCUAUAUUUUCAUUUAAAUAUAAUUUCUCCAUAUAUAUACUUUUUCCACCAUUGGCCUUGAGGAAUUAAAAAGAUGAUGUGACAUUGGACAUGUCUAUAGCCAUGACUGAAUGGACAUUCAUUAAAUAUGCAGUGAUCUUAAACAUAAACAUAAGAAUGUAUCUUUACUCCUGCCCUUGUUGCAUCUUGCACAGGCCUUAGAGAUGGACGUUAGACCGAAGGCCACAUUCAUUGUUGACUACAUGAAAUACUAACACACUCCCUUUGUAAAACAUGUCCAGUGAUGUCAACUGAUUUUGUGAACAUUUUAAACAUUUUUAAGACUGGUCACAAGCAGAUGAGCUCUUGCUGCAUAUGGGGAGGAGCUAUUUGUAUUUCCUAAAUGGGUUGUAUUAAAAUCUCAUGACACUGAGCUCAAAUGAAUGAACAUGUGUAUGCUUAAACUCUGAUGCCUUGUUCUGCUGUCUCACUGAAUGUAGUGGUGGGGGCAAAUGGUUCAGGAGCAUGUGUUCUCCAAAUUUCAGCCUGUAGUCCUGCUUAAGUUUAAACAUGAAACCAUUGCCUAGGCUACACACAUGUGGGACAUGAGUUUGUUCAUUUUUUAAAAUACAUUUUGCACUGCCUGUCUGCUCAA